UAAUCCUGACAAAGGCGGACUUGCGUCGCCAGCCAAUACUACAUCUAAAUAUGUCCAGUCGAGUCCAUAUACCAUUGAUUUUCGUUGCCAUAUUGAAAAGACGCUUGGCUCUCGAACGGAACAAAUUACUCGAGUUAGCUCAUCGUCACAUCCGAUUGAAAUUGAUCUUGUUCAGCAAGAUGCUUAUAUUGUAACAUUUACACAACAAAGUACUCAUUUAGAUCGAGAUAUUCUAAUUAAUAUUGAACUUUCCAGUCAACGAAGUAGCACUAUUAUGGCUGUUGAACCUGGUGCAAUAAUGGCUGCAUUCGUUCCAACCGAAGAAGAAUGUCAUCAAGCAUCAAAAAAUGAUUUAACAAAUGAAUUUAUUUUUGUUGUCGAUUGUAGUGGAUCGAUGCAGGAUGAAAACAAAAUCGGAUUGGCUCGACAAGCAAUGUUACUCUUCCUCAAAAGUUUACCUGUUGAUUGUCAUUUCAAUAUCAUUCGAUUUGGUUCUGAAUACAAAACUCUAUUCAAUGAGAACACGGUAGUUUAUAACGAAACCAAUGCACAACAAGCCGAACAAUUUAUUGAACGACUGCAAGCAGAUCUCGGUGGUACUGAAUUGUUAGGACCUAUGCGAUGGAUUGAACAACAUUCGCCUAGUCUAAGUUGUGCUCGUCAAGUAUUUCUUUUGACAGAUGGUGAAAUUUCUAACGUAACAGAAGUACUUGAUCUAUGUCGUUCAAUGGCCACAUCGACUCGUAUAUUUUCAUUUGGUCUAGGACAAUCACCAAGUCGAUCAUUAGUAAAAGGUCUCGCUCGUGCAACCAAUGGUCGAUUUGUUUUCAUUCCACCAAAUGCCAGUGUUGAUCUAUACGUUGGAGAACAAUUACAAAAAGCACUUCAACCAUGUAUUACCAAUGUGCACGUUAAAUGGAACCUUGGAGUUUCAUUUCAGAGUGCGCCAACUUACCUACCACCAGUCUAUGCCAACGAUCGUCUGAUUGUCUAUGCUCUGGUCGACGAUAAAACUAUUCCUUUUGAUCAUAAUUCAUCUGUCGAAUUACAAUCCGAGUGUGAUCAUCGNUCAAGUUCUCGACUUAUUGCUUCCAAUAUGGGUGUGGGUGAGAUUGGGUGA